AUGGCAGCCCCAAAGGAAAAUAACCUCUUCCCUCCCAAUCCCUACUAUAUCCCCGGCUAUGAGGGCUUCGUCCCUCAGUACAACUAUCAGUUUGGAGAAACCUUUGGCAAAACCACGUACCGCCUGCUGACAGAUCCUGGUGUUGGGAAGAGCCCUCGCUCCUUGCUGGCACCGCUGCACAAGCAGAAGUUCGUUGAGGACUUCAGCAGGACGAAGCAUGGCGUCCAGGGUUAUCUCCCUGGGCGUCUAGGGUACUUUCCCUAUGAGAAAGCUGGGGCCACAACAAGCUUUCCUGAACCAGCCCUUGGGCCAAAACCUCCCUCACUGGGGCCAGGGCUGGCGGAGGAAGAGCUGACGAUGACACACAUGGACCCCGUGCCCCAGCAUCACCCCGACGAGUAUGUCCCGAGGACACGACUGCCACGUGGGUACCCGCAGAGGAUUUCAUGCCAUCCUGCCUCUGAGGAGCGAGAGUGGCGAUUGCCCAAGCUAAGCCCAGCUUGUGGACAGGGAAAAAGUUUCGAACCCAGCCAGCUCGGCGAUGCCUUGGCAGGAAGCAAACCGGUAAGUGGUUUUGGGUGGAAGAGAUGCCUGGUAAGGGGUGCUGCUGCGAAGGGAUGGGUUUUGGGGACUGGUGGGCAUGGAAGGGCUCUCCUUGGUCUAGGAGUGGUGAAGAGGGAAUUUCACAUGGGCAUGGAUGGCAAGAACAGAAAGUUUAGAGUGUCGUGUAGAGAAAUGUCAAAUACACAAACUCUUCUAGCAGUAGCAAAUCCACCACAUCUUCAGGAAAUUGUUCUAAUCAUUAACUACUCUUCCUUUGACUUUACCAGAAAUUCUUGGAUUUGCUCUUGGUGUAAAGCUGGGAAGAAAUGGAAAUGGCAGUUGCCAUUCACAGGUUUUGGCAGUGAUCUAAGCAAUGGAGCCAAAGGAAGAAGUGGGUUCUACUGGUGUUUAUUUUUUUUCUGCUUUUAUUUUGAGCCUGUAAAAAUUGAAGGUAUGACACUGCCAGGAGUAGCUGAAACCAUGGAUGUGGAGCAAGAUAAUCGGUUACCAAAACUGGAUGUACCAAAUGCAAUCCAACAGAAAGUCAUUCCAGGGUAUGCUGGAUUCAUUCCCCGUCUCACCUGGAUUAAUGGUGUGAACUACAUCCAGGGUGUGAAGGAAGCAAUGAACGAAUUUGACCGACAUCAGUUUUUGCAGAGAAACCCAGCUUGCAGCUUUGGCAAGAGAUUUCCCCAAACAUACUGGCCUACCAACAGAAUUUAUACCAGCGCUGGACUGAUACCUUCCUACAUGGGCUUUGUACCAGGCCUCCGACACACCUACUCGCUUACUUUCGGAAACAGCACCCGAAAAGCUUACGAAAAAGAACAAAGGAGACAAGCUUGUGCACUGUGAAAAAUGCUUUAAUGGUGCCUGUACAGCAUUUGAAGUGACUUUCAGACAGGAAGAGGAACACAACACAGACAGAGAAGUUUUGAAUGAAAGAGUUCAUACAGCUUUAAACAAAAUUUACAGGUGUUCAUCUGCAUAGCUUUUACUCUGCCUCUUCCUCAGCCUCCUCCUCAAACUCACCCUCCUCCUCAGCUGUAGCAUCCUGGUACUGCUGAUACUCAGACACCAGGUCAUUCAUGUUGCUCUCAGCCUCUGUGAACUCCAUCUCGUCCAUGCCCUCGCCAGUGUACCAGUGCAGGAAAGCCUUUCGGCGGAACAUGGCAGUGAACUGCUCAGAAAUGCGUUUGAACAGCUCCUGGAUGGCUGUGCUGUUACCAAUGAAGGUGGCAGACAUUUUCAGGCCACGAGGUGGAAUGUCACAGACCGCUGUUUUAACAUUAUUAGGAAUCCAUUCAACAAAAUAGCUGCUAUUUUUGUUCUGAACGUUCAGCAUUUGCUCAUCGACCUCUUUCAUCGACAUACGGCCUCUAAAAACAGCAGCUACGGUCAGAUAGCGGCCGUGACGUGGGUCACACGCAGCCAUCAUAUUCUUUGCAUCAAACAUCUGCUGUGUUAGCUCUGGCACAG